GAUCAGAUCAUCGGCAGUAUAAGCAUUACGUUUUCUAGCAAAUAUGCUAUAAUUGGUGUGUAUUAUGUGACCGAAGAAUACAGACAUUCGGGAAUCGGAAGCAAACUUUUUCGAGAAGCAUUGCAAUUGGUCGAGAAUGGACAAACAGUCAUAUUCCACUCGAUGUCUCAUUUAAGUAAAAAAUGUGCUCGUUUUGGUUUCACUUUUUUAUCAUCCCAAGAAUGGAAAUUCGUCACGUACGUGGUCAGUAAUCCUUCAUCGUUUCCCGACUUAAAAGUUGCAAACAAAUCUACAAUAGUAAAAUAUAGUGAUCUUUCGGAAGUACAGCACAAAGCGUUGCUGGAAUAUGACGAAAACGUGACACAUUUAAGUCGAGAUUCCUGGCUGAAAAUUUGGCUCGGGCAGGACGACUUCGACUUGCAUAUCGCACUUGAUGAGGUACUAAUCUUUCAGUUAAAAGGCAGCCCAAAUACUUCUGGUAACAAUGGUAGAGCGUUCAGUAGUAAUGACAAUAAUACAUAG